AUGAAAAUUUAUUUGAUAAUUAUCGUAUUAUCAAUUAUUUCGAUCAAAUUGAUAUUUGGCUUAAAAUGUUAUCAAGGUGUUACAACAGAAUAUUUUCAUUCACCAAUUUCAUUCAAAAUUAAAACUUGUCAAGUGGGAAAUUUUUGUAUUAAAUAUCAUCAUGUUGAUUUUAGAUAUCGACAAUCAUUCACUAUCAAAUCUUGUGAUGAUAGUGGAAUUUGUAUGGAUGAAAGUUGUGCUGUUGGUUCUGUUGCUGCAAAAUUUAUGGGUUAUAUGAGAGGACCGUUGGUAAAUAUUUGGGAUUGUUGUUGCGAGCAAAUGUUAUGCAAUUGUGCAACUUUUUUUAUUUUUAAUCAAUCAACUAUUCUUUAUAAAUUAUAUGUCAUAAAUAUUGAUACUAUCUAUGAAAUCAAUCGAAAUUACGCGAGAAUAGAAAUAAUAAUUUGA